AUGGCGCUUGCUCUUAAAUAUUUUGUUGUUUUUCUUCUUCUCUCUAUGGUCUCUCAAGUAACCCACAGGACUGUGCCGCUGCAGUUACAAACAGCUCCAGAUCGGAACGGUAAGGACCGGAAGAGAAAUCGCCGGACAACCGGAGUGGAGAGUGUCGGUAAUCAACACGUGCAAUUGUCUUCAGAAGCACGUGACUCUGACUUGCGCAGGGUUUGCUCCGGUGAAGCUUGUGGAGCCAUGGCUACUGCUCUCACGCGGAUUGACAUGUCUUCUGAUUAAAGGGGAAGCUUUGCCAGCUGGUGCCUCCGCUCAGUUCACUUACGCCGGCGAGCCUUACAUCUUCAGACCCGUCGGUUCCGCCGUCGACCCAAGUUGCAAGUGAUAAGCUUCUAAUUACAUUCCUUUAU